CGCAGGGCGGAGUCGCUCGACGGCUGGAAACAUGGCCGCGGGUGGUCGGUCGGACGGAGGGGAAGGGAAGCGCGGCCUGUCGUGGCGGCGGCGGUGGUCGCCGCUGCUGCUGCUGCUCUCGGGUCUGUACCUCCACACCGCCUUCCUCUACGGCUGUGUCCGGGCCGUGCCGGAGCCCGGGUUGUGGAGCCGGACGGUGGGGCCGAACCAUAAACCUCUAGUGUUUACAAAAACAAUGUUUAACAAAACAGAUAUAGCACUUCAAGUUGUUUCAUUCAAGUGUGAAGAAGUAUCACUAAUUGUUGAAUGGUACCUCGGAUAUUACCCCUGCCACAAUGAAUUUAACAAUAUUAAAGAUAUAUAUGACAAAAGAUUUUCUGGUAAUGGCGAUACCAAUAGCCUUGAGCCUCACCCAUUAGGCACAGGACAAUAUAUUGAAUACAAAUCCGAUAGCAUUGUUUGCAAUGAAAAAAUUCAGGUCUUCCCUAAAUUUAAUAUGAGCAAAAGUCUUCCAAAAUCUGUUGUGGUACAGACACCAAAUACAAUUGAGAAUGCAGAGGCAAACACCAACACUGAUGUCAAGGGCACUGACAGUCUUCAUUUGUCUGAAGGUGAUAAGGCUGUUCGUUCCUUAUGGAAAAGAGACAUUCCAACAAAAAAGUAUGAUAUUGUAGCGCAGACAUGGAGAGAUGGUCCAUAUCUAUUUAUUGUUUCCGUCAAACCUCUCAAUGAAAGAACUAAAAGCAACUGGAAUUUAACAGUCCUGGUAUUGAUGAAAGGUUCCCAUGGAUUCAUCUCGGCAACUGAAUUUCCAUUGAUGAUUUUUUAUAUGAUGAUGUGCAUCAUAUACAUACUUUACGGAAUCUUGUGGCUUUUCUGGUCUGCAUGUUAUUGGAAAGAUUUGUUGAGGAUCCAAUUCUGGAUAGCUGCAGUGAUUUUUCUUGGAAUGCUGGAAAAAGCUGUGUUCUACGCAGAAUAUCAAAACACAAAUACUCGUGGAAUAUCUGUGCAAGGUCUCCUGGUCUUUGCAGAGCUUAUUUCUGCUGUGAAAAGAACAUUGGCCCGGCUCCUUGUGAUCAUUGUAAGCUUGGGAUAUGGAAUAGUUAAGCCUCGAUUAGGCACAGUAAUGCACAGAGUGAUUGGCCUGGGAGCCCUCUACCUGGUUUUUGCAGCCGUCGAAGGAGUCUUGAGAAUUACAGGGGAUCGAAGAAGUGUUCCAGUCUUGGUGGCUGAUAUAUUUUUAGCAUUAAUCGAUUCCUGUUUUGUCUGGUUCAUAUUUGUCAGCCUGGCUCAAACAAUUAAAACGCUGAAAUUAAGGAAAAAUACAGUGAAACUUUCACUCUACAGACAUUUUACCAAUACAUUAAUUUUGGCAAUAAUAGCAUCAGUUGGGUUUAUGAUAUGGACAACAAAGAAGUUCAGAUUGAAUGCGUGUCAGUCAGAUUGGAUGGAACUAUGGGUUGAUGAUGCUUUCUGGAGACUGCUCUUCUCUGUCAUUCUCUUAGUAAUAAUGUUCCUCUGGAGACCGUCAGCAAAUAAUCAGAGAUACGCAUUUACCCCUCUUAUUGAUGACCCAGAUGAUGAAGUGAAUGAACUGAUUGGAGAAAACUUUGCUGAUGGAAUAAAGAUGAGAGCAUCCAAAAUGGGGGCUAAUGGAUUAGCGAUGCCAUCUUCUAAUUUGGAUGAAGAUUUAAAGUGGGUGGAAGACAACAUCCCUUCAAUAACAGAUGUUGCACUUCCUAUGUUACUGGAUUCAGAUGAAGAAAUAAUGACGGUCAAAUAUGAAAUGUCAAAGAUGGAGUGAAGAUUGUGUGGAAUGAGAGUGUAUUCUACUGUCAAACUCGCUUUGCAGUGCUGUGACUAAACUUCUGCGCAGCGUAUGCACAAAGGGCAGUGAAGGAAGAAGAGAUGCAGAUUACUGGAGCAGUCGAUGGGCACCAGAAAGAGCUCUAAGAGUUUGUUAACUACAUGUGCAAUUCUCCCAUUUUAAGUUGAUUUAUAAAUUUGCUUUGAAAUAAAGAUGGAAGAUCGAGCAACAGAAAAUCCACGAUACGGAACUGCAAACGAGCUUUGCUUCAAUUUUCUAUCAAAGUAGUAGGAGACUUCAACUUUCCAUAGUUCCUCCUUUCUCCUGCCCUCCCCCCCAUAUAAUAGAAAGCAGUGUGAUUUGAUGCAGAUUCACAACUUUGUCCUAGAGGAUUUGUUCCAUUCAACCAGCCUAUGACUAGUGUUAGGAAUAACUUAAAAGGUUCCAUCUACAGUUCUAUGAAAGUUUUAAUUUCAUAGAUCUACCUUGGGCAUUGUCUAUUCCUAAGAGUAUUUGCACAUGGCAUACUGUAUGAAUCAAUUCUAAAUACAGUUGCCUUUUAUUUUAAUUGUAGAGAUUAUAUUAUGGAUAUAAUGCAUAUUGCUGUAGGAACACUAGAAUCUUUUAUUUUUGUAAAAAAAAAGAUUGUGACACAGUCGAUGACCAAAUCUGGACUGCAGAAUGCACUUAAAAACAAUUCUCUGUAUUAUAUUGACUGUAUACUCCAUUUAAUACAGUGAUCAUAUCAUGAAAAUAUUUGUAUUAUCCAAGUUAGUGAACCAAAUCUUUCGAUGUGAAUUAGUGGAAGAGCCAGGCCCCUUAAAUGAUAUCUGACAAAACUUUUUUUGUGAAUUAUAAUUUCUAACAUUGUACCUUUUUUAUUUAUCAAUUUCUUUUUAGAACUUUAAAGUAUCAGUGUAUAUAUUUUUAAAAAUUAUUAGGAUCGCACACUUGCUAUGAUGGUACUGGAUGCAUCAGUGUUAAAGAGCACAAAAUAAACUAAGUGGUCAUUUGAUCUGAGGCCCUACAAAUGUCUUCACUUGUUACCCUUGCUGGAAUAACAGCAAUAGCACUUGUCACAGUUUUGACGCCUUUUAAACAUGGACAUUAAAAAAAUAUUUUAAGGUCCAUCUCCCCAAGUUAUAAAGCAUGGUUGGAUUUUGUCCUUGAGGAUGUGUUCCAUUAAACCAGCCUACAUCUAGUGUAGGAAUAGCUUAAUGUUCUAUCUAUAGUUCUUCGAAAGUUUUAAUUUAGGCAUGUUACCAUUGCUCUGUUAAUGUUGUUGAUCAAGGUGGUGAUCAAGAAGAGAUAUUGGAGGCUGGGUCUUGCCCUUCCCCCAUUCUGUAUCUUCACAUCAACACGCAAAACAAAACACUGCUAAACGGAAUUGUGACCUUCUGCUGUCACUCAAUGGAAGGGCACUUCGGAACACUAACACUCCAUGUUGUGCAGAUGAUGAAAUUAUCCCUGAGAGGUUGUACAGCUCUUGUCUCUGUUUUAAUGACAUUUUGAUCACUACCAGUGGACAUGUUACCAGUAUUGGAAGUAAUUCUGUUCCCACAUCUUUAUUGUUCAAUCAUGAAAUAUCUGCAUUACAGGCAAGGACAGAUUUAUUACCCAUCUCUGAUUGGCUUGAGAAAGUAUUGGUGUGCUCACUUCAUAAACUCCUGCACUUCUUGUGGUGAAGGUAAUCCCACAGUGUUCUUAAGCAGGAGUUCCAGGAUUUUAAUCCUGUGAUGAUGAAGGAAAGACUAUUUGUCCAGGUCAGGGUGGUGCAAGACAGGGAGAGGAAUGUGCUGGUGAUGACUUUGCCACGUGCCAGCUGCCAUUGCCCUUCGAUGUUGAAAAGCUCAUCAGGUUUGGCAGGUACUUUGCUGAUGUCUUGCAUUGUGAGGUCUUUGCGUACUGCAGCCAUAGCACUUUGGUGGUGAAGAGGUGGUGGCCCAGUGCUCGAUCCUGUAUGACACUGAGUGCUUUAAGUUGCUGCAGCUGCACUCAUCCAAGUAAAGUGUACCCCAACACACUCCUGAGGUGCCUUGCAAGUGGUGGAAAAACUUUGGGUUGUCAGGCAAUGAGUCACAUUGCUGACUACUCUAUCCCUGAUGUAAUCUUGCAGCCACAAUAUUCAUGUGGCAAUGAAAUUGUUUCUCCUUGAUGGUGAGCACUUACCCCAAGUUCCCCACCUGCUCUUCCCCCAGGGAUGUUAUUGGUUGGGGACUGAUUAUGCUACUUGAUACUAUCUUGUUGGACUUCCACAUUACCUGAUAUUUGUGUGAUUAUGAAUACUAUUCACCAAUUAAGACGAAGCCUAAACAUUGCCCAGGACUUGUUGCAUCCUUCAUUUGGUGGUGUGAAUGAAACAGAGCAAUGCAUUUUUGUCUUAAUAAACAGCCCCUUAAUUCAUGAAGGACAGCGAUGAAGCAGCAGAAUUUAUUUGGGCCUUGGACAUUGUUCUUGAGGAAAAAAAAUCCUGCAGCAAUGUCUUGGGACUGAUUGGCCUCCAACAACAGCCCUCCUUUGUGCUAGGUGUGACCACUGCCAGUGGAUUGUUAUCCCCGAUUCCCAUUGAUUUCAAUUUUACCAAGGCUUCUUUACACAUCACACGGGCAAAUGCUGCCUUGAUUUCAAAUGUACUUACUCUGGCCUUGCCUUGAGUUCAGCCUAUUAUCCAUGUUUGAACUAAGACAGCAAUGUGGGCCUGGCAGAACCCAAACUGAGUGGUAAACAGAUUAUUGGUGAGUAAUUGCCCUUGUUAGCAACUUCCACAUGCUGCUAUUGUUGGAGUGCAGAGUGGUGGGGUGUAAGUUGCCUGAAUUUAAUAUCUGUGUUUUGUAGGUAGGAUAUACCUGAGCAAUUUUCCAGUUUGUCAGGGAGAAGUUGAUGUUGUAACUGUACUAGGAUGGUAUGGCUAGAAGUCUGGCUAGUUUUUGGUAUACAUCUUUACCACAGGGUGUCGUUGGACACAGAGUCUCUGAUGUAUCUCGUGUGCUUGGCUAUUUCUUGAUACUACUUGGCCUAAGGCUGUUUUCUGCAAUGGUGGGACCUCAGGAGGAGGCCAAGAUUCAUCAUCUAUUUGGCUCAAUGUGGUUUAAAAACAAUUUGAACCUGCUGUUUUGCUUCACUUUACUGAGGAGAGAAAUGCCCUGGAGCUGCCAUCUCCCACUGUUUCAAGUAUCAAUCACUAUUUACACUGUAGAAAGGUGACGUGAUCUUGUUCUUCUGGGAUUACUUAGCUCUGACACUUACAUGUCGCUUCAGCUGUUUGACUUGCAUCUAGUCUGAUUUUUUUUUCGUUGUUUGUAGCUUCAGGUUGGUAUCCCCCACACCUCCCCACUCCCUGAUAUUUAAACUGCUCCUGGCAUGGUCCUACCCAAAAUCAAAACCCUGCUGAUGCUGGAGAUCUUAAAUAGGAAAUGCUGAGAACUUUCAGCUGAUCAGCCUAUGCAGAGAGGGAAACAGUGAACAUUUCAGAUCAAUGACCUAUCAUUGGAACACAAUUGUACUCUUCUACAAUUCUCAUUGGAUUCUCGUUGGGGUCCCUGGCUUCAUGGUGAUGGUUGACUGUGGAACCUUGGUUACAGGUUCUGGUGGAGGACAAUCCUCUCGGCGCUCACUUUUGAGCUGCUAGAUCUGCUGUGAAGAUGCAGCACUGUGCUAGUGCACACCCGAUCAUGGGUAUCCUCACUGUGAAGUUUGGGCUUUGUCUCCUGAAGCACUGUACAGUGGUCACCCAUGUCAGGGCUGUCAUGGACACAUGCAUCUGUAACGGGUGGGUUGAUGGGGUCAAACAGAUUUCUCUCUCGCUACCUGCCUUAAACCCUUCCUGAUAACUGUAUCAGUCAGUGUUUGGUGAGCAGUGACAGACAUUCAUGUUUACCACUCAGAGUAUGUUCUGUAGGUUCUCCACCUUCACUACUUCCCCUGGUGUUUGAACAUGGAAAAGCAUGGAUUCAUCAGAUGAGGGAGGAUGACGGGUGCUAAUCAGCAGGAGGUUUUCUCGUUCCAAUACUGAGAGACUUGAUGGGAUCCAGAAAUGGAGUGCUCCAAGGAUCACAGCUUUGACUCAAUGCCACUGUUCUGCCACCUCAGGCGAAACUGUCAGUGAGAGAGGACGUGCCCAGGGUGGUGAAGGAGAACCAGGAGGCACAAGAGACUGCAGAUGCUGGAAUCCGGAGCAACACUCAAUCUACUGGAGGAACUUAGUGGGUCAGGCAACAUCUGUAGGGGAAGGGGAGAAAGGAUUGCCGACAUUUUGGGUUGAAACCCUACCGCAGAGGUCUGAUGCAGGGUUUCAACCUGAAACGUCAACAAUUCCUUUCCCCUCCACGGAUGCUGCUCAACCCGCUGAGUUCUUCCAGCAGCUAGUUUGUUGUUAGUGGUGAUCAUAAGAGUACAGCACAGAACAGGCCCUUUGGCCCACAAUGUUGUGCUGACAUAGCUAUUCCCUCCUACCUAUAGAAUGCCCAUAUCCCUCUAUUUUCCUCUCAUUCAUGUGUCCAUCCAAGCCCCUCUUAAAUGCCCCUCUUGAAUGAAGGAGAAGUUUCAACUGAUAACCAUGCUCCAGUUCUUCCCAAGCUCAUGCUGAAGCACAACUUGUCUGUAAAACAAGUAAUUUUAACAGAUCCUAAGCAGUUGAUGAGGAGGACUUUGCAUGACUAAUUGGACUGAAUAUGACAUUUUUUGCUUUCAUUAAUUUGAUUCCAGCCAUUUUUAUCUUUGUAGCAAUGUGAUAAAGCUGAGUAGUUUGCUAGACUAUUUCAAAACACCAUUAGGCAUUAACUAUUAUUGAAUAUCUUCGAGGGUUAUAUGGAUGGCACUUGCACAUUAUUUUGAACAACUCUGUAACACUUGUUAAUGUAAAAUUAAAUAAUGCAGGUAACUAGCAUCAACAACAAAUAUUUUCCAGAGUUUUAACUGAUUGUAAAUCAUAAACAAGGAUUUUUCUAUUCAAGGAGACAUGCGUUUUCAGUACCUACCCUUUUGAGAAACAAUGUUAAAGAUCAAAGUACACCUGCGGAUUGUCUCUUUUGUUCUUGCUGCAUCUGAAACCAAAUUGUAGUUCCAUAAUGGCUGAUAAUCUGUACGAUUAUAGUUUUGAUUUCUCCCUCUACGGUUAAGUAUAAUCAUGUCUCAGUUUCA